UAAAUACAUUAAUACUCACACAUCCCUCGUUCUGUUUUCAUUCGAGAUUGAGUUAACUUAGUUCUAAAACAAAUAUUAUUUACAUUCAUAGACUGAGAAAGUGAAUACAUCAUAUCUUACUUUGGAUUACAAUACUGGGGAGAUCAUCGAUACGUUUGGAAUUACUAAGCAUCUAUAAUUGUGGAUCUAUUGUACCAGAUCAAAGCCGAACACGCAUCAUUUUGGGUGAACUUAAGAAGGUGUUUAGUCGAGAAGGAGUUCCGAUGGUGUUAGUCACUGAUAAUGGCUCUCAUUUUGCUGCAGAUGCAAUCACUAAUUGGUUGAAUGGUAUAGGGUGCAGACAUCUGUUUACGGCUCCCAGGCACCCUUGUUCUAAUGGUCAGGCAGAAAAUUUCGUAAGAACAUUGAAAAUUGCUAUUGAUUCUAUUGCUGCUUCGACAUUUAAUGAACUGGAGAGGGGAGUAGAUACAUUUCUACUUCAAUAUAGAAAUGCUGAGCAUUCUGUGACGAAAGAGACUCCAUCAAAGCUAUUAAAAGGAAGAAUUCUCCGUUCGAAUAUGAGGUGUUGGGAGUUUGCAGAAGUUACAUAUUAUCGUGGUUAUGAUCUUCGACCAGCCACGGGGAUGGUGGUGAAGAAUGUUGGAAAAUCUAUGGUACGAAUUCUGGAUAUCAAAGACUUGACUAUACAUAACAGACAUGUUGAUCAAAUACAAUACCAGAAUCCAG